AUUUGGCUGUUUUGCCUUAGUGUUGUUUAAUAUGGUUGAUCCUUUUGAAAUGACUCUUGAUGCUUUAUACAACUUCAAGCAAAACGCUUCUUAUCACAUACAGGACUCUAUUGACAAUAUCAAAACCAAUCCCUUAUUUAUCGAAACAGUUGAUAAUAUCACCACUCUUAAUCACAAAAUCAUCGAUAAUAAAAACAAGAUAUUGUCUUCUAUUGGUAUUCAGAGCUAUCAAAAUGCUGGUUUGACUGAAAAUUCAGAUUUCUACCUGACUGUGGAUAACACUCAAUCUUCAAAUAAUCAAUAUUUUUUCAAAAACAUUUCCCAGUUAAAAUCUUUUAUCCAAAAUAACAAGUUCUUAUCUUUAAUUUUUUUUGGAACUGCAGCUUUUUCUUUAACAUUAUUUUACAACCGUUUUCUUUAUCCUAAAAUUCUGUCCGAUCUACCCUCUGUUUCAUCUAAUUCAAUUAUCACCAGAAAAGCAAAUAAGUUGGAUAAUGGAAUUAGAACCGAUGUAAUUAUAAUAAUCGGUUCUCCUGUUGAGUCAUUGAUAAGAAUGAUAGCGAGAGACUUAGAAAAAAGAGGUUUUGUUAUAUAUAUAACAGCAAUUAACGAUAAUGAGUUGAAUUAUAUCAAAAAUGAAAAUUCUACUGAUAUAAGACCUUUAAAAAUUGGAAAUUUAUCAAGCUUAGAGGAUUUAAAACUUUCUUUAUCAAAAUUUAAUAGUUUUAUUAAUUCGUUUCAAUCCCAAUCUCAUUCAAUCAAUAAAAAUAACAAUAGCAAUAACAACAACAACACUAAUAAUAAUAGUAAUAGUUUUUUUCUAUAUAAAAUUAUGGGGGUUUUGGUCAUUCCAGAUCUAUAUUAUUCAAUUGGACCUAUUGAAAACUCCUCUUUAAAAAAUUGGAAUAACCAAAUUAAUACUAAAUUAUUAAUGCCUCUAACUUUAUUAUCAAACGGGUUUUUAAAUAUUUUACGAAACAAUUAUAAUAUAAUUAACGAUUCAAUCAAAAAAGCAAAUAACUCAUCAUCUCUAUUUCUAUCUCCUUCUUAUUAUUCAAAAUCUAAAGUCAUUCUUUUAACCCCAUCAAUUAUUUCCUCCAUUAAUUUACCAUUUCAUUCCUUGGAGUCAAUCUGUCUUAAUUCUUUGAAGAUUUUGAUUUUGAGCUUAUCAAGAGAAUUAUCAAAUUCUUAUAAAAAUAACAUUCAAUUUAUAAAUUUAAAUCUUGGUUCUUUUGAUAUAUCUUCAAAUUCAAAUUCUUCUAUUAAUAUUAAUUCAAAAUUCAUAAAUAAUAGAGUUAAUGCUGAACUAUUAUCUUGGAAUAGUAAUAACAUCAAUAACAAUAACAUUGAUUCAGACGAGAUUGAUAAUUUUAAAAAAAGGUAUAUUACUAAUUUUAAAAAAAUUUCUAAAAAAAUUGUUCCAAUAAACUUUUUUAUUAAAAAAAACACAUCCUUAAGAUUUUUACAUUAUAAAUUAUUUGAUUUGUUAUAUAAUGAUAUUGACGGAUCUAUCACAGACCAUAUAAUCAACUCAAUAAAAACAAAUUCAAAAGAUAAAACAAUUUAUAAAAAAAAAAUGAAGUUGAACUAUAAAUCUGAUGUUCAAACUUAUUAUUCUGGAAAAGGUGCACGAAUUUAUGUAUACCUUGGCAAUAUUUUUCCAAAUUCAUUGAUUAGUUGGUUUUUGGGGUUUUAUUCCAUUAAAAAUUAUAUUUAUUCAUUGAUAUUUUAAACUGAUAUAUUUAUUAAUUUUUUUUUCAAUUUUCACUUUCACAUACUUAUUUUACUUAUUUUACUUAUUUUACUAAUUUUAAUGAUUUAUCGAAAUAAAAAG